CCAAAAGUGAUAUUACAAUAUUGUCACCCGAAUUCGAUAAAAUCCAUUUGGGACAUUUUAAUAAAAGCUUACCUGCUAAGUCUAUAAUUUUGGAAACAUUGUUUGGCAAUGCCUUUGUGGGCUAUAUUCAAAAUAUUAAAUGCAAUGAAGUCGUCUUAUGUGCCAUGCACUAAAUAUCGUCGAAAAGAAUUUGAGUAUUCGCCGCUAUCUGUUCCCAGUACCGCAAUCAACACCCACCGAGAACCCCGCUCAAGUUCCCAAAAAAUGUACCAACACUUACUCUGCUCAAUGGUUCUAUUCGCAACAAUGCCGAACAGUUACAAGCUGUGCAGCAGAUCGUUGCAGGUAAAAAAUCCCCUAUCACCGUAUGUUGUCUUUGGACCACCAGGCACCGGCAAGACCACAACCGUUGUGGAGGCGAUUCUACAAUUGCACUUGAAAGGAAACAAUCGCAUUCUUGUUACUGCUGGAUCCAAUUCGGCAUGUGACCCGAUUGCAAUAAGGAUAAGCGAAGAACCUCAGUCGCUAGAUAAUAAUUCGACAAAUGUUAUGAUACGAUUUCAUUCCGCUUUCUAUAAGGUACAUAAUAAUUGUGGCAACAUUGUGUGAUCGCCUGUUAGACAACCAAUUGUACAAAGUGGAUCCCAGAGGAAAAUAUGACGAAACAUUGCAGACCCGAUUACGCCGCAAUUACCGAUCCGGAGAUCAUGGGCAUAUACAACAAGCUGUUUUACAACGGAGAACUAAUACCGUUGGCGCCCAUAGCACAGGUUAAUCAGGCAGCCAAUUGGAGUGAGUUGUGCAAUGGAGAGUUUCCAAUCAUAUUUCAAGCUGUUAUUGGAAAAACCAUGCGCGAUAACCCCGCAACUAGUAGCUUCAAUAAGCGCGAAGCUCAUGUGGUCUGCUGGUAUGUGAUGAAAUUGCUCACCGAUGGUCUUGGAAGCGGAAUUAAAGUGACGGAGGAUGAUAUUGGUAUAAUUACACCAAAUCUAGGGCAAUGCGAGCGAAUUAAACGAUUGCUUCGCCAAGAGUGCAAAAAUAAAAUAGAAGUUGGCAGUGUCGAGAAAUUUCAGGGACGAGAAAAGAAUAUUAUUAUUGCAUCUAUGGUCAGCUCCUUUGAGAGCAUAAAAUUUGUAUCAAAUCCUCGACGUCUUAAUGUGUGGCUCUCGCGAGCCAAGUCGUUGAUGAUAUUUAUCGGCAACCCAAUCACACUGCGUAAAAACAAGAGUUAUGCGUUUAUCAUUGAUGAGUGCAAGAGGAAUCGCAAUUUUUUGAGUGACAACCUGGUGGACAAAAGAAAACUCAAAGAACCCUUAAAAAAGACGGCAAAUAAGGCCAAGAAAAAUAGGAUUUCAAGUGUUGCUUUACGACUUGAAAAAGCU